AUGUUUGACGUGACGAUGGCACUUGUUGACAUUGCUUCAAUCAAUAUCUCAUUGGUCUAUGGAUCACUCUGGUUCCUCUUUGAUCCAAAAUUCCUUCAUGAUCUUGCCCAGCAUCAGAAGCAGCAGCAGAAUAAUGAUCAAAUGGACCAGAUCAUCAAUCACUAUGUCAACUUGAUCAUUGCCAUUUUGAUCAAUAUCAAGGAAGAAUCAAUGGGCACCCACUUCUACAUCGAUAUACACAAAGCAUAUAAUGUGAUCACAUCUAUAUUUGGUAAAGAACGAUUGGAGCAUUCGCUCAAUCAAUGGUUCUUGGCGCCAUCUCCACCAUCAUGGUUCCACAUUAGUACAACCUUGGCCAAACUACUCUACCUUGCACUAAUCAAUGACAAGUCUCAAUCAGAGUUGUAUCUCAAUGUCCUGUACAGGCAACAUGCAUUCGAGAUCAUCACUACAACUAUUAGAUCGUUCAAACUCGGUACCUACAUCAAAUCUAGCACGAAUGAGAUCAUCAACUUGGUCAUCAAACAAAUGGGUUCAGAGUUCCCCAAGUCCAAUUUAGAUAUACGACUUGUACGAACAAUCUAUUCUCGGUGGUAUGGUACGUGGUGGGGUUGUCCUCUUGGAUGGGAUUACAAGUUGCUUUGA